AUGCCGACCGAGUGCAUUGUCGAGAACACCAUGAUCCGGCAGCUCCGGCUCCUGCAGCGCCGUGAGUGGUACACCUGGGUCACUAUAUGGCCAUUCGCGGUGCUCUACGUCGUCUCCGCCGUCCUCUACCUCUACCCCGAGCUCAUCUGGGACCGCGUGACCUACCUGGUGCAUCAGACGUACAUUGACUUCUUCCACGCCAUCUGCUUCCCUGUCGUCUUGUUCCUCCACUCCUUCCUCUCUCUCUUCACGAUCUGGUCCGUCAAGUUCCGCGCACGCCUCAUCUAUCGCACGGUGGCGAUGGAGCGGCUAACAGAGGCGACAGAUGUGCUGGUGGAGACGCACCUGCACAAGGGCGAGUCAGAGAUCGUGCCGCUACACCAAGAGAGCGACGACGGUCACCCACCGUGCUUUGUCUUCCAGCAGCGCAAGUGGAAGCUCGACGAGCGCGAAGGCAUCUUCGUGAAGCCCCGCUUCCCCACCAAGCACAGCUUCUCGUAUUAUAUGCGCUGGGAGGGACUCAACAAGGAGGCGGACUGCGCGAAGCAGGUGGACACGUACGGGCUCAACAAGAUGGAGGUGGUUAUCCCCGAGUUCCAGGACCUCUUCGUCGACCACGCCCUCUCCCCGUUCUUUGUGUUUCAAAUUUUCUGCGUGCUGCUCUGGUGCCUUGACGAGUAUUGGUACUACUCUCUCUUCACCGGUGUCAUGAUGGUGGGCAUGGAGUGCACGACGGUCUACCAGCGCAUCCGCAACAUGCGAACGCUGCGUGACAUGGCCGAGGUGCCGGUGCGCGACAUCGACGUCAUGCGCGGUGGCAAGCGUGUCACGAUCCAGACCGAUGCCCUGUUGCCGCUGGAUAUCAUCGUGGUGCCGAGCAACGCCCCUUGCCCGGUCGAUGCGGUGCUGGUGAAGGGCACUGCGGUGGCAAACGAGGCAAGCCUGACAGGUGAGUCGACGCCGCAGCUGAAGGAGGCGCCGGAUGAUGUGGAGGUGUCUCUCAGCGUCAAGAAACACGCGCGACACAUGCUCUUCUCCGGCACGCAGAUUCUGCUCAGCAACGGACCUCACACGUCAUCCGAGGAAGGUGGGCAUAACCGCGACAAGAGCCAGGCGCUCGCCGUCGUGCUGAGGACGGGGUUUGAGACGAAGCAAGGCAAACUGCUGCGCACUAUUCUGCACAGCCAAGGGCGCGUCAGCGAGAAUAGCGGAGAGGCGUUCGGCUUUAUUGGCGUGCUCGUGGUCUUCGCGCUGGCGGCCAGUGGCUACCUGCUAAAGCACGGUCUUGCAGAUCCGCACCGCAGCCGGUGGAAGCUCUUCCUGUCAUGUGUGCAGAUCAUCACUUCCGUGGUGCCGCCAGAGCUACCGAUGGAGCUGUCGCUGGCCGUUAACACUACCCUGUUGGCACUGACGAAGCUACAGGUGUUCUGCACGGAGCCAUUCCGCAUCCCGUAUGCGGGCAAGGUAGACACGUGCUGCUUUGACAAGACCGGCACUCUCACAACGGACGAGAUGCUCUUCGGCGGUGUCGACAUGGUUGAUGGUAAGGGGCUGCUGAACAAGCUCAAGGCCAUUCCAAAGCACGCGGAGAUGGUUCUGGCCACGUGCCACUCCCUCGUUUACCUUGACGAGCAGACGCUUGCCGGAGAUGAGAUGGAGAAGGCUGCCAUUACCGCUCUUGGCUACCGCAUAGACGGCGAGGACAGCAUCUUCCACGACCCCAAGCCCGCAAAGGAGAAGGGCACGGAGGAGCAGGUGACGAAGAAGAAAGGCGCUGCGGAACCUCAGAGGAUGUACAAGGUACUACUACGCUUUCCCUUCCUCGCCACGCUGCGCCGCAUGGCCUGCGUCGUCUCCGCUCCAGACGGCAAGUAUAUCGUCGCCAAGGGCUCGCCGGAGUCCAUAGCGGCCUUGUGCGAAUCCGUCCCUGCCAACUGCCUGAAGAUCGCUGAGGAGACGGCGGCGAAGGGCUACCGCGUCAUCGCCCUUGCCUACCGCCCGCUGACGGAUGCCGAGCGGGCGUCGAAGGACACGAUUCGUGCUCUCCGCCGCGAUGACGUUGAGGAGGGCCUGCGGUUUGCCGGUCUCGCCGUGUACGUGUGCCCGCUGAAGAAGGAUGCCAAGGAGACGAUCGAAAACUUGACGGGCGGCAGCCACCGCUGUGUCAUCAUCACCGGUGAUAGCGUGCAGACAGCGAUCUCUGUCGGCAAGGAUGUGUCGAUGCUGCUAUGCAAGCGCCAGCUGGUGGCGAAGGAGAAGGAGACAGGUGGCGGAGUGGAGUGGGCGGACUCGGUCUCAGGUGCAGUGCAGUCGGGGACGGCCAAGGACAUCCUCACCAACACCUUCCAGCGCAGCCGUCGCAAACGGACGCCGCACGAAGACGAGUGGGACCUCUGCGUGAACGCGGAGGCGAUCAGCCCCGAGUCCAUGCAGCACAUCAUUGAGAUGUACAACGAGCGGGUCACCAUCUGGGCUCGCUGCGCGCCAACACAGAAGGAGGAAAUCGUCACUGAUCUCAAGAAGAAGGGCCACAUUGUCAUGAUGGCAGGCGACGGCACGAACGAUGUUGGCGCGCUAAAACAAGCGCACGCUGGCAUUGCCGUCCUGAACUCGGCCUCUGUUGCACCCAAGGCGGAGAAGGAGGUGGAGAUAGGCCCGCAACCGCACAGUGAGCCAGAUCUGCCGGCGGAGCUGAAGGUGCCGCCGAAUUUUAAGUUCACCGCCGUACCACCAGAGCCGCCGGCGGGGACGCCAUUCAUGCAGAUGAUGAGAUGGAAGGUGCUUGAGGCAAAGCGCAAGGUGGAGAUUAUGCAGGUUACGCGGUGGAACCAGCAGCUGAAGGAUGCGGAAAAGGCCAAGGCGGACAAGAAGGCGAGCGCGUCGCUAUUGCGGAGUGGGCCUGGCGAGUCGGACUUUCUGAUGGAGUCGCUUUUCAAUGCCGAUGAUGAGAAUAUGGGAGGCCCACCGAUGAUCAAACUGGGCGACGCGUCCAUAGCGGCGCCGUUCACGUGCCGCUCCAAGGCGCUUACCUCCGUCUGCGACAUCAUCCGGCUCGGGCGCACGACGCUUGUGACGACGCACAUGAUGUACAAAAUCCUCGCUCUGAACUGCCUUACGCAGGCGUACUCCAUGUCGGUGCUGCACUGCGCUGGCGUGAAGUUUGGCGAGAAGCAGAUGAUCUUGGCCGGAAUCAUCUUGUCUGUGUGCUUUCUCUUCAUGUCCCGCAGCAAGCCGUUGGCGCACCUGUGCCCCCAGCGCCCUGUCACGAAGGUGUUCCACCCGUACAUGAUCUGUACAGUCUUCUUCCAGUUUGUGCUGCACCUCUACUGCAUGAUGAAGACGUCGUGGAUGGUGGCGGAGGUGGACGCGGCGACCAUGAGCGACAUGAGCAAGAACUACCAGGACGUCGAGUUCAAGCCGACACUGCUGAACUCCACCAUGUUCCUCCUCACCACCCUCAUCUCCGGCGUAACCUUUGCCGUGAACUACCGCGGCGAGCCAUUCAUGCAGGGUAUCCGCAAGAACCGACCCAUGUUUAUUGCCCUCAUCAUCCUCAGCAUCGUCGUCCUCUGCUUCGCCUUCGAAUCGAGCCCGGAGUUCAACAAGGAGUUUGAAAUCACCGCUUUUCCUACAGAGGCGUUCCGCACGCGCUUCACGCAACUCCUCAUGCUUGAUGCGCUCGGUUGCUUUGUGAUCGAGAAGGCGUCGCUGAUGCUCUUCACGGACUACUGA